AUGUAUAGCAAUUUUAUGGAGCAUGGUAUUGAGUAUGCGAAACAGGCAGUUAAUGAGGAUGAUGCUGGAAACUAUAGCAAAGCUUUUCAGCUUUAUAUGAAUGCAUUGGAGUAUUUUCAAGCACAAUUGAAGUAUGAGAAGAAUCCACAGAUUGAGAAAACAAUUAGGCAAAGAUGUAUGGGGUAUCUGAGGAGGGCAGAGGAGAUCCGGGCUAUUCUUGAUAAUGGUGGGAGUGUGCCUGCCUCAAUUGGUGAUGCGUCGGUUACUGCACAGCCAAAGACUGGUCCAAAACCAAAGGAUGGAGGUGGGAAGGACAAGGAGGAUCCUGAGCAAGCGAAGCUUAAGGCCGGGCUUGAUUCUGUUAUCAUCAGGGAGAAGCCAAAUGUGAGGUGGAGUGAUGUGGCAGGUCUUGAGAGUGCCAAACUGGCAUUGCAAGAGGCUGUCAUAUUGCCUGUUAAGUUCCCACAGUUUUUCACUGGGAAGAGAAAACCAUGGAGGGCCUUUUUGCUAUAUGGUCCACCUGGAACAGGGAAGUCAUACUUAGCAAAGGCUGUUGCAACAGAAGCUGACUCAACUUUCUUCAGUGUUUCUUCCUCAGACCUGGUUUCUAAAUGGAUGGGUGAAAGUGAGAAGCUAGUUUCAAAUCUUUUCCAAAUGGCUCGUGAUAAUGCACCUUCCAUCAUUUUCAUUGACGAAAUAGAUUCACUAUGUGGCCAAAGGGGUGAAGGUAAUGAGAGCGAAGCAUCUCGGCGUAUCAAAACUGAACUUCUUGUACAGAUGCAGGGUGUAGGGAGCGAUGAUCAGAAGGUUCUUGUUCUUGCAGCUACAAAUACUCCCUAUGCACUGGAUCAGGCUAUCCGACGGCGUUUUGACAAGAGAAUAUACAUUCCUCUCCCAGAUUUGAAGGCAAGGCAACACAUGUUUAAGGUGCAUCUUGGAGAUACUCCCCACAAUUUGACUGAAAGUGAUUUUGAGAAGUUAGCUCAAAAAACGGAAGGAUUUUCAGGUUCAGAUAUCUCUGUUUGUGUCAAAGAUGUACUCUUUGAACCUGUUCGUAAAACCCGGGAUGCUGAAUAUUUCAUGAAGUCCUCUAAUGGCAUGUGGGUUCCUUGUGAACCAAAACAACGAGGAGCUGUCAAGACCACUUUACUAGAGCUCGAUGCACAAGGCCUUGCUUCAAAGGUCCUUCCACCACCUAUCACAAGAGCAGAUUUUGAUAAAGUGCUUGCACGGCAGAAGCCAACAGUGAGUAAAGCUGAUCUUGAGGUGCAUGAGAGAUUUACAAAGGAGUUUGGAGAGGAGGGCUGA